GCGGAUUAGUGGAGAGACUUUGAGCUGUUCUUGCAGGAAGAAAUACGCGACAAUGACUUCGACAAACACUUUCCAGGGCCUUGAGGACGGUGCAAAACCGAGUUCGAGGGUUUUGCGACCUCCCGGUGGAGGCAGCAGCAACAUAUUCGGUGGCUAUGAGGAUGAUGGUGGUGCUUCGAGACGGCCAAACAAGAUGGCCUCCACAAUUUUCGGCCCUCCAGAGGAGUCUCAAGGCGGCCCCAAACGCUCCAACCCUCCAGGUGGAAAGAGCAGUGGGAUUUUUGCCGAGCCCCAGGCUUCUUCCCCGAAACGUCAGCCCUUGCCUCCGAGCGGAGCAGCUAACAACAUCUUCGGAGGGCAGGACUCGAACCUGCCUACGGUUAAAAGUCAUCCCAACAAACCAAAGGACAACAUAAGUUUGGGUUCAGCUGUUACAGUUGCAGCACCAGCACCUCAGCCAAAGGAGCCAGUGGAAGUGAAGAAGGAGGUUGUAGUCACUCCUCAGGCGACCCCCCAAAAAGAAGCUCCCCCUCCUGAACCCGUAGCCAGUCAGGAUGCUGAGCCGUCCUCCAAACAACCAUCGGAGAAGGACCACGAGCCGCGCCUCGGACCUCGGCCACGCUCACACAACAGAGUGCUCAACCCGCCUGGUGGAAAAUCCAGCGUGGUCUUCUACUGACCAGUGCUGUGUUUUUUGUUUUUCCCCUCUCUCUCAAUCUCACUCUGUUCUGUCUUAUUAACACUGCUACUUUAGUUUUUUUUAAUCUUUUACGUUCUACAUGGUCUGUUAUUUUCUUUGUUUUUUUUCCCUCCCUCCAUAUUCCUAUUAGUUUUCCCUCUUGCACUUUCUAAUUCAUUC